AUGUAUAAGCAGUUUGGGAACCCCACUGAUGUCUUGAGAUUGGUACAUGUGCCGCUCCCACCACUCACAUCCUCAACCGUGCAUGUCCGUUUCUUGGCGAGCCCUAUCAAUCCGGCGGACAUCAAUCAGAUCCAAGGCGCAUACCCCAUCAAACCAACCUUCAACGACACAUUCGGCGCCAUCGGCAGGAACGAAGGGGUUGCGGAAGUCAUCGCGGCCGGCAGCGAUAUUAAGGGUUUGAAGGUUGGCGAUUGGGUCAUUCCUGAGGACAGCGGAUUUGGUACAUUGCGUUUUGUGACCUGCGGAUGUGGUGAGCCAGGACGACUUGCCACGCUGAAGACUGACCCCUGUCUCAGCAUACAGAAUGCUGAAAGAUUUUGUCGACCUGAAGCCGGGGGAAUGUGGUUAUCCAGAACGGCGCCAACUCGGGGGUUCGGUCAGGCUGUUAUCCAGCUGGCGAAGGCGUGGGGGUUCAAAACCGUCAAUGUCGUGCGUGAUAGACCCAACAUCGAUGACCUCCGCGCCCACCUCACCUCCCUGGGCGCCGACCUGGUCAUCACCGAACAAGAUCUGCGGAUGCCCGAGACGGCCGCAAAGAUCAAAGCACUCGCUCCUCCCGCUUCCGAUGGGGACUACAACAACGGAGGGGGGAGCGUCAAGCUGGCGUUCAAUUGUGUGGGCGGGCACAGCGCUACUAACCUUGUGAGGCUUCUGGGCCACGAUGCCCACCUCGUAACCUAUGGCGCCAUGUCCCGCACCCUACUCACCUUCCCAACCUCCCCCUUCAUCUUCAAAAACCUCUCCUGUCACGGCUUCUGGAUGGCCCGCUGGAACACGCGGCGCGACACCUCCCUGCGUGAGCGCAUGCUGUGGAUUUGUGUGGCAUGAUUGCCAAGGGCCAGUUGAGGGAGGUGCGGUGGGGGAAGGUGGGGUUUGCCAAAGGCGGGGGGAAGGAGGAGGAGAGUAGGUUGCUGGGGGCGGUGGGGAAGGCGGGUGAGGGAUUUGCGGGGGAGAAGAAGGUUUUCGUCAUGUAGAUCUAUCCUGUCGACCACGGCCAUCAUCACUUUCAGUUUCUAC